GGCUUCGUGGAUGGGUGCUGGCGACGCCGUGAAGCAAAACGUGCCCACGUCCCGUGUUGUGUGUCACUGACAAACAAACCGACAAGACCGCGGAGAGAAAAGCACUCGGCUGUUUUUUAGGAGCGUUGCACCCGAAACGACAGCAGGCGGACCCGCAUUCCAGCGCGUGCUUGAGUGCGCGUGUGCACAUGUUUGGGGACGUUGGAGGUUUUCGAGGAAUUAAAAGUGGACUAAUGCAGCUGCUGGCUCACUGAGGGCUGGGCUCUGGCUGACUGCGUUGUUGCAUGUUUUCUGGGAUGGGAUAAUUCACCUCAUUUAUCAAAGGAUUUAUUAACUCUUCUUUUCCGUCUCGAUGGUGCUUGAAGGCAGAGAGAUGGACGGCAUCGGGUUCACCAUGCAGAAGAAGGCUGCGGAGCUGGAGCGGCUGGCCGAGGUGCUCGUCACCGGAGAACAGCUGAGGCUGAGGCUCCACGAGGGGAAGUUGAUCAAGGAUCGGCGGCAUCACCUGCGUACUUACCCAAACUGCUUUUUGGCAAAGGAGCUCAUUGAUUGGCUCAUCGAACACAAGGAGGCCUCAGAUCGAGACACAGCCAUUAAGAUCAUGCAGAAACUCUUGGACCAGAGCAUCAUUCACCACGUGUGUGACGAGCACCGUGAGUUCAAAGACCUGAAGCUGUUCUACCGCUUCCGGAAAGACGACGGCACAUUCCCAUUGGACAGUGAGGCCAAAGUCUUCAUGAGGGGUCAGAGGAUCUAUGAGAAGUUGAUGAACGCAGAAAACAACUUGUUACAAACCAGAGAGGAGGACAACGGGUCCUUUGAGCGCGCGCUGGUGGCCACCGAGUUCAUCGACUGGCUGCUACAGGAGGGCGAGAUCGCAGACCGGGAGGAGGCGGAGCGGCUGGGACGGAGGCUUCUAGAACAUGGCAUCAUCCAGCACGUAACCAAUAGGAACCACUUUGUUGACGGGCCCCUCCUCUACCAAUUCAGGAUGAAUUUCCGGCGGCGACGGCGUCUAAUCGAACUGCUUCACGAGCGCAGCCGCAGCAUCCCGGAGAGUCACGACAGUCCUUUCUGCCUCCGCAAACAGAACUCGGAUGGAGGAAACACCAGCUUCCUCUCUGUGAGUCCUACUAAAGAGAUCAAGGUGGUGGUCGGGGUUCGGAGGAGCAGCUUGAGCAGCAGCUGUGGCAGCAGCGGUUAUUUCAGCAGCAGUCUUACGCUCAGCAGCAGUCCUCCUGUCCUUUGCAACCCCAAGUCUGUUCUAAAAAGACAAGUGAGUCCAGAGGAGCUGCAGUCACCAGGAGGACCUUUUGUCAAGAAGACAUUCACCAUUGUAGGCGAUGCCGUGGGCUGGGGCUUUGUGGUGCGAGGAAGCAAACCCUGUCACAUUCAGGCUGUGGACCCUGGUGGACCUGCAGCAGCUGCUGGCAUGAAGGUGUGUCACUUUGUGGUGUCGGUGAACGGACGGAACGUCCUCGCGCAGGACUACCGCACCGUCAGCAACCUGAUCCUGACCGGACCCAGGACAAUAGUCAUGGAGGUGAUGGAGGAGGCGUAGGUUUGAGUAGAGGCCUGUCAGAAGAAAGAGUAGUGCAGUAAUAACAUGGGGACUAGAAAGGUUCACGACUUGAACUCAAAACCACAGAGCAGUGUGGAUAACUUGAAAUACAACUCGCACUGUUCCUGUUCCAAUAAUCUUUUGGACAAGGUGCAGGGCUGAGAAACAGACGGUGUUUAACAAGUCAAGUAAAUCAUUCAGCCUGAAGGUUGUGCUUGAUUUUUUUUCUUUGUAUUUAGAGGUGCAGGUAUGAAAAGAGUCACCACUUUUACAGAUGGUACAGACUCGCAGUCCCCAAACUUUACGAGUGGAAAAGGAACACCGGCGUUCCCAGAACUGUUCCACGAGACUGUUGCUUAACCCGACAAGGGUUUAAAGGACUAAAGGUGAACAAGUACAAUCUGAACAUGGAACAAAAAGGAAGAUUAUUUGACACUGACGUAGUCAGUGACCUCUCCCCUAGUUAGACUUGAACCAUCGACUCAAACCCCCCUGAUGGCUCAACACUGUCCUCUGCUGCCAACCACAAGGAGACUCACAGAGAGGGAGCAUUCAUACAAUCUGUGGACUACAGCUCUGGUUUCAGGGUGUGUAUUCCAGCUUGGGCAACCGUUGUUUCAAAUAGAAGAACAAAAAUCUAAUUUCUACCCUUGUGUGAAAGACAUUUGUUUUUGAAUGUAAUAAAACAGGAAGUGUAUGUGACAUUUACAUGCACAGUGUAUAUAUAGGACAGUUACGCAAUACUUAACACUGUAAACUGCGGAUGUCCUUCUUCAGAAGACUGGUGUUUAUCAGAUAAAGCCUCAUAAACCACAUUAUUGAGAACAUCUCAGACUUUAUACACUUUUUCUAAAAGAUAAAUCUUACUAAUAAUAAGAUGUUAUUAUUUUUAAAGAUGUAUGGCACUUAAAGAGCAGAUAUUUUCUGUUGAGAUGUUUUCAACUUUAAAAUAUUAUCAAUGACGCGUUGUUUCGGAAAAAGGAAGACUUGUUGUGUUUUAUAACAGCGGAAGUGCCAAAUACAUACUUAACUACAAUUGGAGUUGUGAGCUGCCAACCAGCUUUAAACUUAAAAUAUUUUCUCAUAGCAAAUAGUAGAUUCAGUUGAAAAUAUUGUAAUAAUUAAUGAAUAGGAUUAUAAUUGGAGCACUUGACCUAAUAAACAUAUGUUUCAUGCUGUCAAAAGCACUAAGAUGAAAAAAAGCUUGCUUAGAAUAUGUAUAUGCUUAUACGUAUAUUAUACACAUACUUAUUUUUUAUGGGAGCACAGAUUCUAGACAGCUCUUGUUUAUAUACUAGAAUGUCAGGAACAAACCCAGCACAAAUAAUUGUUUCUUCAUUAUUAUUUGGUUGAAAUUACCCUUGAAAAGGCUAGCUGGAGGUUUAACAUUUAUAUAACUAGACUUGUACCUCAUUAGCUUCAAAAGUAUCAUCAGAGUUUAAAGCAUGUCAAAGAACAAGGCCUCCAAGGUCGAGCAUGGAUUGGUAACGCUCAAGUUGCUCAUACAGUAAGUGUCUGUAAUCUAUGGUUAACUUGAGUCAACACUCAUUUCUAUAUCUUAUAGAGCUGUAGCUAUUGGGUUCAUCUUGGCAGGCAUCCGCUGUCAUAAAGGUUUAUGGCUUUCCCGUAAAUUGACUUGUCUCUUGGAAAGCUUCCAUCUAGUCUCCCGACUACUUAAACCGCUCUACGCUACAUGUCACAAUUCACCCAAUUACACAUCAAGGGGUUUGUUCUGCUUAAACGAUGUGAUGUGCAGAAAAAUGUAAUACAUCAUAGUCGGGGCCUCCCUGCCUUUAUAAUGUGUGGAAUAUACAGCCUGUGGACUGGUGUAUGUUUUCUGCUUGUGGGCAUAUGUGUCAUAUUUGGGCAUCGACUACAUCAGCGUCACCCUGCGCCCAAAAGCAACAACUCUAAGAGGUCGGAGCCUAUACAAUACCAAAUGUUAUUUACUCAAAUUGCUAUAAAUAUAGGUGUAGCCCUCCAAGCUGUCGACCUCUCUGGUUCCACCUACACCGACUUAAGAAAUAAGGCUUUGAUUUGGGAGCAGAAAUAUGUUGCAGGUGUGGAGUUACAAAAUAACUAUCAUUACUUGUUUCAUUUAGACCAAACAUCAUUACCUGGUUAAUUUCAUUCGUAGGUAGAUUUGUCCGGGAAGAGAAGUUGUUACCAAAUGCAAAACCAGUAAACCUUUUCUAUUCCAUAUGAACAUAAAAUCAGGACAUUUGUAUUGCCAUUCAGAAGAAUGAGCACACAGGGUAUGUGACCGGGAACUGCCUGCAGGUCUCUGCCGUUAGUCCUUCAGGAGGCCUCUCAUUUGUUGUUCUUAAUGUUUUUCGAUGUUGUAUACAGUGAAAUGCAUGACUGUUGUAAAUCUGUGCUUAUGUAGCAUUGCCUUCAAAUCCGAUUCCUCAGUAUUUGACUUAAGUUCGCUGACUAAUCAGGUCAGAGGUAAAGUAGAUUUGAACCUACUUUCGAGAGCGCUCUAUUUUUAGGACAACGAUAAAAUAGAAGUAUCUCAGCUGUGUUAAUAGAAUUACUAUAGACAUUGGGGAUUUUUUUGUGGUUAAUAAACAUGUAUUACAUUUUGUGUUAGUUGCUGAUCUCCAAACUGUUCUCUCAAUUUGUUAGCUGAUGCCAUACAAUUUACUAUGUUAAGGUGCUUCACCUGAAGGUCAUUAGAGAAGCUCCCUGACACAGAGAUUUUGAAAGCUUUUGAUUCACAGCCAAUCAGCAGGCAGCGUGACAGAAAUCAAUUAUUCUGCAGACAUUAGUAAUUAUUCUCAAGGGUCUUCAUUAGUUAACUGUAGAAUUUAUCAUUAUUCAUUAAAAGCGGAUAUCUGCUUAUUGGUGAAGUUUUAGAAAUUGUUCAAAGGUUGUGAUUCUGAAAAAGGAGAUUGAAAUGUUUAUUUGUCGGAAGGCAGUUUGGUUAUGGUAAUAUGAAAAUAUGAAGAUGUGUGAAAUCCCUUUACAUGUAUUAAUAAUUCUGGAGGGAGUUGUGUGGUCAGAAGUCGGCUGAAAUGGGUCCACUCUUCAACAAUGAGCCCGACAGCAUUUGCCUUAAGACCUCAUUUUGCUGCUAAUCUCAGUUGGUGGUCAUCUUUUCUCUUGUUCUGUUCCCAGAUCUGUUUACCCAUGACCGUGUAUUUUAAAACAUGUAACAGAUUGUCGUGCCGCUGUUCUGUUGACAAUCAGUAUUUUAUGGACACCACCUUCAAAAAAGCACAACAGGAGUUUUAGAAGCAAUGGUCUGAGGGAAACUUCUACACUGCUGUUGACCUUUUCAGUUUUAUACUUAAGCUUUGAUGGUUUAUUUACCCGCUUAAUUUAAAGGGAUUAUUUUGCUUUGUGUUGACCGAAUCAGGCCCGGGUGAGGGCCCAAACGUGUUGAUUUUCUCCGCUACCAGAGAUGUGAUGUUCCUACGACAAUAUAAGCUCACACAGUACCACGGACUGUUUUUGAAAAACCUGCUUUAAGCUAAUUGUGAUGUGCUGAUGUAUUAAACAGUUGAUUAAGUGUUUAAUAAACAAGCUGAUUCUACAGUG